AUGCCAUGCUUUAUUUUUCUACUACCUUGGAUUGAAUCGAAACAAGUUGGUUCUAUCAAUAAUAUGAUUUUGUUAUCAUCUGCGACUAGUAUUGCAUCGAUAAAUAGCUCCUGUGAUAAAUGUAUUUGUAUGAUGAUAUUAACAGAUAAUAUUGUUGGUAUUACUUGUUUACAGAAUCAAACUUGUUUACUUUUUUCUAACUAUUCAUUAUCCUAUACUAUCAAUAGCAGUUUGGGUGGAAGUUUUCAUUUUCUCAUCAUACCUCCAGAACAACAGUUUUCUACGGAUAAAACAACUGUAAGUUGUACUUCAAAUUGUAUGAAUAAUGGAACGUGUCUAUUUUCAAACGUCUGUCUAUGUACAUCUGAAUGGAAUGGAACAUAUUGUGAAAUACCAGUUUGUUCUCCACCAUGUGAAAAUUUUGGAAAUUGUACUUCUCCAGGUGUUUGUACAUGUUACUAUGAUUGGACCGGUAGCUAUUGUCAAAUUGUACAAACUAUUCUUUGGACAUUUGAUAAUACAUUUAACGAUUUAAGUGGUCAAUUUAUUGGUGUUGGGUCUAAUUCUCCAACAUACACAGCAGGUAUCAAUGGAUAUGGUUCAGCUUUAGCAUUAAAUGGUACACACAAUCAAUGUGUUAUUGUUUAUCCGUACUUAAACAUGAGUUAUAUGAGUUUUACUUGGGAAUUCUGGAUUUAUCCGACAAUAGCAUUGCCCAGUGAUACUACAUUCAUCAGUCAAUGUUUUAAUGUGAGCAAGGAUCAAUGCUUACUAUUUAUGAUAAGAUAUGAUAAGAUUUUGUUUUCAUUUUGGUAUGAUGAUGUCAGUGGUUUGACAGUGUUUCCAGUAAAUAAAUGGUCUCACGUGACAUUGAUUUACGAUUUGAUAACAAACAAAAAAUUUAUUUAUCUUAAUGGUAUUUUAGAACAUGCUCAACAUUCGAAUGGAUCUCUUAGAGCAGACUUUGUCAAUCUAACUAUCGGCUGUCGGGAAAUGGGUAAGGGUGCGGCUUAUGACAAAUUCUUUACUGGAUAUAUUGAUCAAAUGUUAUACAAUUCUCGUGUAAAAAAUGCUAGCGAAAUUCUUAAUGAUGCUACACUUGUUACCUAUCAUCGAUUUCUUUCCAAUGCAUCAUUGAUAGAUUCUGGCCCUAAUUACAUCAAUGGAAGUUGGGGUGGUGGUGCAGUGUCAAUUCCUUCAGGCAUCGUCAAUCAAGCUAUUGAUUUUCCUACGAAUGGUUCUUACUUUCAACUAUCUGGGCUUGUUCUUUUAGGUACAUCCAAUUGGCCUCUAUCUUUAUCUCUUUGGUUUAAAAUAAAUUCAUUGACUGACACUAGUUCUAUUGUUUACCUUUCCAAUGCGAUUCAGUGCAUAGAAAUGAUUACAUUAUUAUAUAAUGGAACGAUUCAAAUUCAAAUCUUUAAUGGUACUAUGAAUAAUAUUAUUCUCGGACCAGUGAUGCAUAUUGGUAUAUGGAAUCAUAUUAUUUAUACAUUUUCAACAAUACAUGGAAUGAAAUUAUAUGUUAAUGGAAGUCUAUAUAGAUCAAUUAUGACAACAUAUUCAACUAAUGAUUCUCCGGUAACACUUACUUUUGGAAAUUCACUAUUGAAUACUACUUGUGGAUAUCUCAAUCAACAGUUUUAUGGAAGUAUUGAUGAAGUUCGAUUAUAUUCACGUGAAUUAAAUGCAACAGACAUUGUACAAUUAUAUACAAAUCCAUAA